CUCUGGUGCCUUGCCCCUGCCCCUUCCGCUAUGGCCGCGAGGACCUGGACGUCUUGGGGCUGACCUUCCGCAAGGACCUCUUCGUGGCCAACGCCCAGGCCUUCCCCCCGCUCCCCGAGGAGAAGAAGCCCCUGACGCGGCUGCAGGAGCGCCUGAUCAAGAAGCUGGGCGAGCACGCCUACCCCUUCACCUUCGAGGCCUGCGGCGUGGACUAUGAGGUCAAAGCUUUCUGUGCAGAGAACCUGGAGGAGAAAAUCCACAAGAGGAACUCAGUGCGCUUGGUGAUCCGGAAGGUCCAGUACGCGCCGGAGCGACCCGGCCCCCAGCCCAUGGCAGAGACCACCCGGCAGUUCCUCAUGUCGGACAAACCGCUGCACCUCGAGGCGUCCCUGGACAAGGAGAUCUACUACCACGGCGAGCCCAUCAGCGUCAACGUCCACGUCACCAACAACACCAACAAGACGGUGAAGAAGAUCAAGAUCUCAGUGCGCCAGUACGCCGACAUCUGCCUCUUCAACACCGCCCAGUACAAGUGUCCGGUGGCCGUGGAGGACGCCGACGACAUGGUGGCCCCGAGCUCAACGUUCUGCAAAGUCUACACCCUGACCCCCUUCCUCGCCAACAACCGGGAGAAGCGGGGGCUGGCGCUGGACGGCAAGCUCAAGCAUGAAGACACCAACCUGGCCUCCAGCACCCUGUGA